AUGCAGCUGUCCUGUUGUGGUAGCGGCUCAGAUCUGAGCGUGACCGGCUCCGGUGUCGCUAACAAUCUCCAAGCUUUCAACCCUGAAAGUGACUGGCAAUCACAGACGCUGCUGCGUCGCAUUGGCCAAACCCAAAUGCGGGCGUACUCUGCUCUCCCCAGCGGCGGCAUGGCCAUUCCUGCCGCCAAGAAGAAGUAUGUUCCGACAACAGGCACAUAUCCCCUUGGUUUCCGUGCUUCGGGCACUAUUGUCGGCAUCAAGCCGUCUAACAAGACCAAACCUGAUCUCGCGCUGUUGGCGUCGGACAUACCCUGCACUGCUGCCGCGGUCUUUACCAAGAACAAGUUUCAGGCUGCGCCCGUGACGUUCAGCCGGAGCUUGUUGCAGAAGAAGGCCAACCAGGGGAUCCAAGGUGUCAUUAUCAACUCUGGCUGCGCAAAUGCAGUUACGGGAAAGGGAGGACUGGAGGAUGCUGCUAAGAUGGCCCGAGAAGCGGAUAAGUUCCUCGGCCAACCCGACGGCACCAUCGUCAUGAGCACAGGAGUUAUUGGUCAGCGCUUGCCCAUUGAGAAGAUUCUCAACAAGGUUCCCGAUGCCUAUAAGGCACUGGGUAGCUCCCAUGAUAGCUGGUUGACUGCAGCUAAGGCUAUCUGCACCACCGAUACCUUCCCCAAGCUCAGGUCGCGCAACUUCACCCUGCCCUCAUCCCCCGGUAUCGAGUACAGAAUCGCCGGCAUGGCCAAGGGUGCUGGCAUGAUCCACCCCAACAUGGCUACCCUGCUGGGUGUCAUCACCACCGAUGCCCCCGUCUCUUCUGCAGCUCUGCCUUCCCUGCUGAAGUAUGCAGUCGAUCGCUCGUUCAACAGCAUCACCAUUGACGGUGACACAUCCACCAACGACACCAUCACCCUGCUGGCCAACGGCGCUGCCGGUGGCAAGGAAGUCGCCGAGGGUUCUCCGGACUACGAGGUCUUCCGUGACGUCCUGACAGACUUCUCUGCUGAGCUAGCCCAGCUGGUCGUUCGCGAUGGUGAGGGUGCCACGAAGUUCGUCACCAUCCGUGUGGUCGAGUCUCCUACGGAAGAGGCUGCCCGCAAGAUUGCCAGCACUAUUGCUCGUUCCCCUUUGGUCAAGACUGCCCUGUACGGCAAGGAUGCUAACUGGGGUCGUAUUUUGUGUGCCACUGGCUAUGCUCUCAUUUCCGACCCCGGCCAGGGCGUUAAUGAUGUGCCCGAAAUUGUUCCAGAGAAGACGAACGUCUCCUUCAUUCCCACUGAUGGCACCCCUGAGCUGAAGCUUCUGGUUAACGGUGAGCCGGAGCAGGUGGACGAGGAGCGCGCUUCGCAAAUUCUUGAGCUUGAGGACCUCGAAAUCCUGGUCAAGCUUGGAACUGGUGAUAAGCAAGCUACCUAUUGGACCUGUGACUACAGCCAUGAAUACAUGGUUGAGAAGUAUAGGCCAGUUUUCCUGGAUGAUAUAGUCGGCAACACUGAGACAAUCGAGCGACUGAAGAUCAUCGCACGCGAUGGUAACAUGCCACAUCUUAUCAUUUCAGGCAUGCCGGGCAUUGGCAAAACAACCAGUGUACUAUGCCUGGCUCGGCAAUUGCUUGGCGAUGCAUAUAAAGAAGCUGUUCUAGAAUUGAACGCCAGCGAUGAACGAGGCAUUGACGUGGUUCGGCAGCGCAUCAAGGGCUUUGCUCAAAAGAAAGUGACGCUCCCCCCUGGGAGGCACAAGAUUGUGAUCCUCGAUGAAGCCGACAGCAUGACAUCAGGUGCACAGCAGGCUCUCCGGCGGACAAUGGAAAUCUAUUCCAACACAACACGAUUCGCAUUUGCGUGUAACCAGUCCAACAAGAUUAUCGAGCCGCUUCAAUCACGCUGUGCGAUUCUGCGCUAUUCCAAGUUGACGGAUGCUCAAAUUGUCAAGCGACUCAUGCAAAUCAUUGAGGCAGAAAAGGUUGAAUACAGUGAUGAUGGCUUGGCAGCACUUGUGUUCACUGCCGAGGGUGACAUGCGGCAGGCCAUCAACAAUCUGCAGUCAACAGUUGCUGGUUUCGGCUUUGUCUCGGGUGACAAUGUCUUCAAAGUUGUUGACUCGCCUCACCCUAUCAAGGUCCAGGCGAUGAUCAAGGCCUGCUAUGAGGGCAAAAUUGACCAAGCCCUCGACACACUACGGGAGCUGUGGGAUCUGGGCUACUCUAGCCAUGAUAUCAUCAGCACUAUGUUCAAGGUCACCAAGACAAUUCCUACCCUAAGUGAGCAUGCCAAGCUGGAGUUCAUUAAAGAGAUUGGCUUCACGCAUAUGAAGAUCUUGGAGGGUGUUCAAACACUGCUGCAAUUGAGUGGGUGUGUGGCCCGUUUGUGCAAGCUGAACAUGGACCCUAAACUUUUCGAGACACCCAAGAUUUAG